CUGCCUCCGAGGCUGUGGAGGAAAUAAAGUUCACAAUCCCCAUGCCUCCUCUUGGCCCAGUUAAAUCCUGGAAGGGUUUCUGUUGCAGUUAGGGUUGGAAGUGAGCACCGGUAUUUAAAUAUGAACCUUAAAAAAAAAAAUUGAAGCUUAGGGAAUACCGCCAGGAGGGGGACACCUGAAUCCCCGCCCCUCUCAUCCCUCCACCCCCUUCCUCUCAAGGCUGCCACCUGUCAGCAGCGCUCAGUUCUCCCUCAGCUGCGCUAGGUCAGGCUCACAACAAACCAACUAACACUUUCUUGGAAAUGAGCCCAACCAGGUCUGAGUAGGGGCCAAGGCCGUUGCCGCAGCUGCCCUCUCUUUCCGCCCUCAUACCCUUCCCCACCCCUCUGGGACUGGGCAGCCAAGCUGCGGCAGACUGGCAGGGUGGCCGAGGCCAAGGGUGCCCAACUCUACCACGCAGCAGCUGCCCCCACCCGGGACAGUCUUUCCCCCCGGGCUCCACUGCAGAGGGGAUCAGCAGCUUGACGGCUGCGGUUGGCAGGGAGCAAAAGCCGGUCGAGAGGAGGGAACGCAGGGAAGGAGCAAUGGACAUAUCGGGCACUUGUCACCCGCCUCUCCCGCCUGCUGCUGCUGGCGCUCACAGAUAACCAGGCUGGCGGGCCGGCCCCGAGGGGCGGCAGCGGCGGUGGCCGGGUGACUCCGUGGGAGGGGGAGGAGAUGAAAUUCCCCGGCUCCGUCCUGGUGUCCGUGUUCCUGUUCGUGGCCGAGACCGUGACCGCCCUGUACCUGAGCAGCACCUACAGCUCGGCGGGAGACCGCAUCUGGCUGUCCCUGACCCUGCUUUUCUCCCUGCUGCCCUGCGUGCUGGUGCAGUUCACGCUCAUCUUCAUCCACCGCGACCUGAAAAGGGACCGACCCUUGGUGCUGCUGCUGCACUUGCUACAGCUUGGACCCCUGAUCAGGUGUGUGGAAGUCUUUUGCAUAUAUUUUCAAGCUGGCAGAAUUGAAGAACCUUAUGUCAGUAUCACCAAGAAGAGGCAAAUCCCUAAAAAUGGACUCACAGAAGAAAUUGAGAAAGAAGUGGGCAGGGCAGAAGGCAAGCUGUGCACCCACAGGUCAGCAUUCAGCAGGGCAUCGGUCAUCCAGGCUUUUUUGGGCUCAGCUCCCCAGCUGACCCUGCAGCUGUACAUAAGCAUCUUGCAGCAGGAAAUCACCAUAGGGAGAAGUGUCUUCAUGGCCCUGUCCCUGCUGUCUAUCGUCUACGGGGCUUUGCGUUGCAACAUCCUGGCCAUCAAGAUCAAGUACGACGAAUACGAGGUCAGCGUGAAGCCUGCCGCCUAUCUCUGCAUCUUCCUCUGGCGGAGCUUUGAGAUCGCAACACGUGUUGUGGUCCUGGUCCUUUUCAGCUCCGUCCUCCAGAUCUGGAUCCUCCCGGUGGUACUGCUCAAUUUCUUCGGCUUUUUUUUUUACCCCUGGAUUCUCUUCUGGAGGAGCCGCUCCCCCUUUCCCGAGAAUAUCAAGGCCAUGAGCAGAAUGGGCACCACCAUCGUGCUCUGCUUCCUCACCUUCCUGUACGCAGGCAUCAACAUGUUCUGUUGGUCGGCCGUUCAGCUGAAGAUCAACAGCCCUGACUUGAUCAAUAAGUCCCAGAACUGGUACAGGCUGUCGGUCUAUUACAUGCUGAGGUUCAUUGAGAAUGCUUUCCUCCUCCUUUUGUGGUACAUCUAUAAGACAGACAUUUAUAUGUACGUGUGUGCUCCCUUGCUCAUUCUGAAGCUGCUGAUUGCAUAUUGCACAGCCAUCCUAUUUAUGCUAGUGUUUUACCAGUUUUUCCACCCUUGCAAAAAGCUCUUCUCCUUUAAUAUUACUCAAGGCCUGCUGUCAUGCUUCAGGUGUCUUUGCUUUCCUUGUAAAAGGCAGAGGCACAGCGACCCUGCAGAAAGGGCAGACUUGAAGUCCCAGGAUGACUCUGAAAUCCCCAUCCAGCCGCAGAAAAGUGAGCCACAGAGCAGAAACUCACAGCUGAGCGUCCCUUCUGAUUCUUAACAGGACCCGGAGUAAGAUGGUGUCUCUGCUGGCAGCCCCUGCUUAUGUUUACACACAUCCUCUGCAUCUUGUUUUCUGGGUCUCACUGAUGCUUGUUCAUUGAUGCCUGUACCAAUGCGGCACAUGUCUUUGAAUAGACAGGAAGUAAUCCCUACAAGUGCAUCCCCUACUCCCUGCUGGCUAGCUUGCUCUGUUUGCCACUGGAGUAUGGAAUGUGUAUGUGAAUGUGUGUGUUUGUGCAGACUGCCAAGGAGAAUUACAGAUGAUCAGUCCAGUGUGGUAAGAUGCAAGACAUCCUGUUCAACAAAGGUUACGUGUAUGAGAAUGAAUGGUCAGAUUCUCCCAGUUGGCAUUAUCCUCUUUAGUUUUAAAAAGGACAGCAUUGCAGGUCAGGACCUUCUGGAAUUUUAUCUCAGCUAACAGAAAUCAGGAAAUUUGAAAUUGGUUUGUUUAGGUAGAAUUGGGAAAGGGUACCGGAUCAUCCUGUCUGGAAAUCCAGCUUAGUUAUCAGUCCUAAAGAUGAUCCUUGUGUUGGCUUUAGUGACAGAGAGUCACUGCUAUGGUCAUCCCACCAAGCCAUGCCUUCCUUCUCUGAAUUUCUUAAAAUGAAACUGAACAAUUUACAAUGGACCCUUGAAUACUUUUUUUCCCCUUCUUCUGCUUAGCCCAAGAGAUUUCUGCUUAAAUGCAGAAAAAAUCCUGGCCUUUUCUCUGACUGGUUGAUGGCACUGAUUGCCAGUGCAUGAUGCUGAUAGAUUUUCAAAUAUUUGAAUGUGCUGUUUUUAUACUUUGAUGAUUUCUGACCUUCCUUAUAUCAUGCCUCAGAUCAUAUGCAUUCAAGAAUUUGGAUCUGGAGACUUUAGGUGUUAAAUGUCCCUAAGAAGAAACUUAUAUUCUAUUUUGACUUUGAUUCUAGAUGCCCUGGGGGUUUGGGAGAACAUUCAUAGGCAUUAGGUACAUAGGAGAAUUUCUGGAUCAUAAAGAUCAUUAAGCAUUAAAAUGACUAAAUGAGGAAAUUAUGGAGUCUCCUUCUCUGGGAGCCUCCACAAACACGAUACCAUUCUUUAGGUCUUUUUUAUUGUGGGUCACCUUGAAGGCAGUCUUCUAACCUCUCAAAGUCCACUCCUGCCAGAAGAUUCUGUGAAGUCACAGAAAAACCUGAGAUUUAUUCCAAAAAAGCUAUCUUUUGAAAGUUUAUCAUCUCUCCCAAAAGAUCUUAGGAAAGACCCGUAUAAUUUUUAUAAAUCACUUGAGAAUUCCAGGCCAGUGUUAUCUAGGUAGGAUAUUUUGGUUUUUAUUAUUUAAAGGAAACACUUAGACUAAAAAAGACAGCCUAGCCAUGAUGUGGAUCUUAAUGCCACAACUCUCUCCACUGCCCCAAAGAAAUUAAGUGACCCAGAAUCCAGUGACUUUAAAUGCAGUAAUUUUAACAUAGACUUUUGAUUCAAUUAAAUCCUCCUUUAUUCACCUCUUCAGUUUGGUACUGUGUGUAUAUGGGUGUGUAUGUAUAUAUGUGUGUGUUGACACGAAGUUGGGUAACAUUCACUCAAGUGUCAUGGGGAAGUUAAUCUUAUACCUUUAGUUUUAAUGUUAAAAAUUUUCUCAUGUAAUACUUGGAAAGUGGUUGAAGCAAAGACAUCUUUUAACAUGAUUAAAAAUGAAAUAAUGGCAGCAUAAGAAUAUAAAACAAUUUAGGCAAAAGACAUUAAAAUGCACUAUGCUGAUGUCAGUUUUUUUACAUGACUGUAUUGUCUAGCAAGAUAUAUCUGUCAAACAUUCUCAGAUUUGAUCACUUUAUUGGUUUUGAUUUCAUAUAGAAAAUGUGAAGUGUACAUGCACACAAAUAUACAAUUUGUUGUACUCUUCUAUUAUAUUCAAAGGGUAUUCUCUUGUGAUUUACUAGUUUUAUAUACUUCAGUUGGCAUGUCUGUAGACUACUGAUCAAUCUCACCUCAGUUUUGUUUGCAGAUUUUUUAAAUUUGAAGUAUUCUUGGUUCCUCAAUAUGUGUAAAAUAUUAUAGGCAAGUAGUUAGCAAAUUUGUUUAUUUAUUCAAGCAAGAGAAAAUUAUCUUGUGUCAUUAUGCAUCAUCUGGGUGUCUCUUUGCCCACAUCAGCUGUCCUUGAUACUGUUUUGUAGACCUAAUGCAAAUUAUUUUGUGUGUGUGUAUGUGCACACGUGCUCCCACAUGGCUCUGUGUGUGCCAAAACAUUCAUGUAUAUACACAGAGAUAAAUAUUGUGCAUAUUGACAGAUAAAGAUAUUUAAAUGUAGAUAGACAUGCACAUAAGACCACAUGGGAAUUUUUUUCUCAAAAAAUUAAAAGAUUAGGAAUAGAAUAAAACAAAGAUUUAAAACCAUUCUUUUUAUGUAGUUCCUUAAUGAAGAAAAAGUUUCUAUUGGAUCGCGUCUCUGGUCAUGGUAGCACAACCAUUCCUGGCUCCUAGUUUUUGCCCUUACUACCUGUUGUCCAAUCUCAGACAGUUCUGUUACCUCUCUGUCCCUCCAUUCCCUACAUCUAACAAAUGUAGUAAUAGCUGACCUGCCUACCUCACAGGGGUGUCGUGAGGAUCAGAGUAGAUGAUGAUCAUGACAGUACUUUUAAAACAUCCUAUGCAACUAUAAGCUAGCAUUAUUUUAUGUCACCAGACUCAUAAUGGAAAUGUGUUGCAAUGAGAAGGUUGCUUUGCACUGCAUUCUAACUUGCAUCCAGCUUUUGAAUGAAUCCUUGAUCAUUUGACCUUGUGGAAGCAGGCUUGAUGGAUAGCCUCUGCUUUGGAAAUUUCAGGGAAGGGGGAAAUCUACACAACAUCUGUUCGAGAUGAUGUUACCGCCCUUGUGGCCAGUGUUUACAAAACAUCAUGUUUAUGGAUAUGGGACUGGUCAGAAAAUAAAAAAUAACUGCAAAAUACCCCCUCUUUCUUUCUGAGGAUUCUAAAGAUUUUUCUCUGAAUUCAACACUUUUGGAAAUAUCUUUUUGUCCUUACAAAUGGAAAAUAGGUCUAAAAGCUGAUUCUCAAACAUAUGGCAUUUCCUUGGAAAUGAUUUUAUCAAAUGGGUUGUCAUGGUUCUGUAUAUGUAUGUAUGAGUAUUAUACUUCCUGUGAGUGGAUUGCCAGUUUUAUAUUCAGAAUCAUGCCCACCAUCGUAACUGUAAUAAAUAUAUUAUGGACAUGGGAUUUUAUUGACUGCCAGUCUGCAGUCAUUGCCUCUAAUAAACAGUGUUUAUGUUUCUUUUGAUGGUA